AUGAUACGAAAGAACAAGGACCUCACAGUGCAGCUUGGCACCACACAGCAGCAUCUCGCUGCGGCGCAGAAGGCGCUGCAGGCGGAGCAGGAGAAGACGCAGCGACUGGCCGCCGCCGUGACUGUCUCCUCACUUAGCGGUCGAGGCGCGAAGGCGGGCGCUAAGUCGGCGGCAGGAGCGGCCGGCCUGGACGACGGCUGUAACAGCAACGGUGGCGGCAAGAGUGGCGGGGGAGCCAGUGGUGGGGAGGGGGCCGCACCAGCCUCGUCCGCUGCUGUCGCGCGCGUGUACGAUAAGCUGCAUCAGAAGCAGCUCGCCAUGGCCGAGGUGCAGCGGGAGAACGUUGCUCUGCGCUCCCUCAUCCAGCGCGAAGUCGGUCUGCGUGAUGACACAAAGGAAGUGGACCGCCUUCUCCGCCGUGCGACUGCCGCCUCGAGCAGCGGCGGGUCAGCGGCAGCUGCUGCCGGUGCUAAGUCGGCCUCUGGCGCGGACGGGGGUGGCUGGCGCGGUCGCGCGGAGGAGAUUGUUCUCCUGAAAAGCAAGCUGAAGGACGCGCAGCGGGAGGUGGAGGAGAUGGCUGCGGCGCACAGCAGCAGUGAGAACGGCGUGGAUGCCUGCAUGGACCCGCUUUCGCUGCCCGCCUCCGUCCGCGCAUUCCUAGGCGCGAGUGGCGACCCCGCGGCUGAGGCUCGAUCCAUUGCAACUACCACCACCACCACCCAGGUGCGUCGGCCACGCCGCGAUGUCGACGAUGACGCGCGCGAUCGGCUGAGCGCCAUGCAGCAACAGCGGGCAGCGCAGCAGCGCCAGCUCACCGCCGAUCUCGCUGAGCUACAACAACAACGGAACGAAGAACGAAUGAGGUCAUCGGCGCUGCAGGCACGGGCGAAGACGAUGAAGUCGGAGCUCGACACGCUGCGUAGCUACGUGGACACAAUUCUCGGGAAGAGCAGCACGGACGAUGAACUCGUAGCGGCGUACAAGACCGAGUUGCAGCACGCCCACGAAGAGGCUCGUCACUGGCGACGGGUAGCAGCGGAUGCUUUGAGAGAAGCUGGUAGCAGCGGCGGCGGCGAGACGGAUGCUGCCUUCACCGUCAGUGGCGUGCAUAAUGGACUCAACAACGCAGCAGCAGCAGCGGUGCGGACGGCAGCCUAUCGAAAGGCUGCCGGCGAUGAUAGAGCUGUCGCCGCCGGUGGUGGCGAUGCUGGAAAGGUGCCCGGAGCGCCACUGUCGUUGCCGCCGCCACAGCCUCCGAAGUCCUUCUCCAGGUCUCUCUACGAGUGGGUGUGCCAGGCAUGCGACGAGGUGCCGGAGGACAAGGAGCAGGAGAGCACUGAGCCAGCAGUAGCAGCCUCUGCGAAGCAGCUGGCAGCAGUGUUGCGUCAGGCCUUCCAGCAUCUCGCUCUGGUCGAGCGGCACACGGCAACAGGACACGGCAUGGGGCACGCUAGCACAGACAGCGCUAGCGCCGAGAGUGUCUUGCUCAAGGAGAACGCCGCAUUAAAAAAACGCAUCCGUGCACUGUCGGAGCUGAUGGAGGCGGAGCUGCAGGCGCAGCGCGUGUUGUGGGCGACGGCCAACGCAAUCGCAGGCGCGACACCGUCAGCGGAAACCUAA